AUUCGGUACGGCACGGUUCGUAUUCCAUCGUCACGCGUUUAGACGCCGACCUGUGGGUGAACUCUGGGCCGAUUCGCCGACCAAAGCAUCAGUUGUUUCGCACGCCUCGGCACGGUCGGUCCGAUAGUAAUCUUGCUCGGUACACCUAGUUUAAAAAGGUCGCAGAACGCGUUGAAUCGUUUUACGAAGAUAUCACAGAAAUAACGCCGCGUGAUCGUACGUUAGCGCGGGACGGGUGCGCGUGCUACCCGCUAGCGUUAUCUUCCAGUCACGCGUACACCAUUACUUUGGCUUAAAAUUGUUUUGGCUGACGAAGUGCCAGAUUUACGCGCCCCAACGAUGCCUUCCAUACCGCCGCCACCGAUACGCGACCUGGACGGUUUGCUAGCACCGGUCCUGGCCGACGGAACCCGUGUGGUUGGCUAUGAGUCUGAGUUUCUUACCGCCCCUGGGGAUAACUACGGUAGCACGAUGCUGGCCGUUACGGUGCGUACAACCAAGCGGACCGCUUCAUCAUCAACUGCCGAAGUCAACGAGCAAAAGGAUCACACAGAAACAGACGAGGAGUUACUGCACCUUGUCGCCAAGAUGCGCCCAAGCAGCGAGGAGUUCCUCGAGAUCUUUCAAAUCGACACCACCUUCGUGAAGGAAGCGGCCGUGUAUCUGAAGAUCGUACCCACCCUGCUCGCUCUGCAACGCGAACAGGGCUACGACGGUGAGGAUGAGCUGAUCGAUGUGUUCUGCCGCUGCUACAACGCCCGCGUAUCACUUGACCCAUCGGUCGAAAAGGUAGACCAGGACGGUGUGAUGCUGUUCGAGAACCUGAAGCUGGCCGGAUACGUCACGGCCGACCGUCGCCAAGGGUUCAAUCGAGUGCUGGCACGGUACGUGCUGCAGAAACUGGCCCUGUUUCAUGCGAUCCCGAUAGCGUUACGCUACCUGAAACCGGAAGUGUUCGAGGCGGGCAUCCAUAAGUACCUCGUUAAGAUUGAUAUCGAUGCGGGCCUGAGCCCCGAGACGCUGCGACAGAUGAUGGAUGUGUUUCGGCAGGACAUCGUGCGGACCGGUGUGGAGCCGGGGCUAGCCGAACGGGCUCACGCCAAGAUAAACGAGUGCCAUCGACGCCAGGCGCAGCUAAUCUCGGACCAACUGACCGUCUACUGUACGAUGCUGCACAACGACCUGUGGGUGAACAACAUGAUGAUUAAAUAUGACCCGGACGGGAAGACACCGUGCAGCUUGAAGUUUGUCGACUUCCAGCUGAUUCAAAUGGACUCACUCGUACGGGACGUUAUUUUCUUCAUCAUCACCAGCGUCAACGAUCCGGAGCUGGAAACGCAGCUGGACGGCUACUUCGAGUAUUACUUCGAGCAGCUGGCCGCCAACAUGGAACGACUGCAGUUUCCCAACCCGGAGGACUUUACGCUCGAAAGCUUUCGGGAGGAGAUCGAUCGGGUGGCACCGUACGAGCUGUACCACAUCGUAUCGAUGCUACGCGUUGUACUGGCGCGCAAAGAAUCGAUCCCGGACCAAAGCGAACAGGACGCGGCACUGUUUUUCAACGAUAAUCUGGUGGAGGAGGAUUACUAUCGGCGGCUGGAGGUGACGCUCCGAAUUUACGAUCAGCGGGGCUGGAUAUAAACGUGGCAGACGGGAGGGGGAGUCGAUGCUGGACAAUUAAAGUAACGGUUUAAAGCUAGAAAGGAAGUGUUCAAUUACGCCUAAUAGUGGUCUCAAUGGAAUGGACGAUUGAUUGUAAAUAGGAUAAAGGAUGAGACGAUAAAUGGUAAUUUAUAUCACGUAAUUAAAUAGGUGAAAAAUAAAAAUAUAUUCGUAAUAAUCGAAA